GCACAGAGGGGGAAGCAGAGCUCACCCAGCGACUGCAGGGCUUGUGAGCGUUUCUGGAGCAGAAGUUCUCCUCACAGAGAGAGGGACGCAGCAGACAGCAGGCACCAUGGAGCCCCCCUCAGGCCCUUCCCGCAGACGGUAUGUCCCCUGGAACAGGCACCUGCUGGCAGUCUCACUCUUAACUUUCUGGCCCCUGCCCACCACUGCCCAGCUCACUAUUGAAGUGGUGCCCCCACUUGCUGCAGAAGGAUCGGAUGUUCUUCUACUUGCCCACAACGUGACAGAGAAUCCUCUAGGCUAUUCCUGGUACAGAGGAGAAAGGGUAGAAAACAGCCUGCUAAUUGCAUCAUAUAGAGCAGACACUAAUGUAACUACCACUGGGUCUGUACACAGUGGACGGGAGACACUUUACCCCAAUGGAACCCUGCUGAUCCAGAACAUCACCCAGAAAGACACAGGAUCCUACACCCUGCUCAUUUUAAAGAAUGAUUUACAGACAGAAAGACAGACCGGACACCUCAACAUACACCCGGUGCUACCCACACCCGUCAUCACCAGCAACAACUCCAACCCCUGGGAGCACGAGGACACUGUGGUGUUAACAUGUGGAUCUGAGACCCAGAACACCUCCUACAUCUGGUGGAUCAACAAUCAGAGCCUCCCCAACAGCACCAGGCUGGAACUGUCUGAGGACAAGAGGACUCUCACUGUGUUCAAUGUGACAAGGAAUGACACAGGACCCUAUGUGUGUGAAGCCCGGAACCCAGUGAGUGUCAGCCGCAGUGACCCAUUCACCCUGAAUGUUCUCUACCCAGUGGCACGGCCCUGCCUCCAAGCCAGCAACACCACCGUCACAGAACAUGAAGGUCCCGUGGUCCUGACCUGCCUCACAAAUGAGACUGGGGUCUCCAUACGCUGGUUCUUCCAAGGCCAGAGUCUCCUCCUCACAAGGGGGAUAACACUGUCCCUGGACAAUAGCACCCUCACCAUAGACCCCGUCAGCAGAAAGGAUGCCGGGGAUUAUCAGUGUGAGGUCUCCAACGGGGGCAACUCCAGCAAAAGUGACCCUCUCAGGCUGCAUGUGCAAUAUAAACCAACACCAGAAAGUUCCUCUGACCUCUCAGCUGGUGCCAUUGUCGGCAUCGUGAUUGGAGCUGUGGCUGGGGUGGCUCUGAUAGCAGCCCUGGGGUAUUUUCUGUACAUCAGAGAAACUACACGGGCAACUGACCAGCGCGAUCUCACAGAGCACAAAUCCUCAGAUCACAACCACAGUCAAGGACACUCUGACAGUUCACCUGAAAAGGUUAAUGAAAUUGAAUAUUCCUCCCUGAACUUCAAUGCCCAGGAAUUAAAAAAGAAAGCAACUUCAGCCUCCCCAUCUCCAACACAUACAGAAACAAUUUAUUCAGAAGUGAAAAAUCAGUAAUGGAACCUGUCCUGCUUGUUGCACUGUUGACUUAUUCCAAGCUUCCCACCUCCAUCCCCAGGAGAUCCCUCUGCCCUCAGGGAAAAUGAGGAGAGAGUCUUCCCCCAGCCCUUUCGAUCCCUAAUGAGGCUCCUCCAGGCUGCCUGAUCACAGCCCCUUCCUUCAGUGUCAGUGGAUGAAAAGGCACAUCCAUGAGGAGGUCUGUAGGAAACCAAAACUUCCUCGUCAUUGAAAUCUAGCAAAGCAGACCUUGGGAGAAAGUUGCCAGAAGCUCUGCCUCUCCCCAUUUGCUGACCUAGACCAGUUGUAAACUUGUGCAUUCAGAACACAUUCAUUCCUUCCCACCUCAGUCCUAUUGGAGUCUAACAUGAAUUUGCCAUAACCUGGAGAAUUAUUUCUUAUCCACUGAAAUGCCUGUGCCAGAAAAGAAAAGCAAGGAGAAGGAAAAUGAAGAGCUUCUGCACUCUGAAGCCUAGUGUGAACCCACCAUUCACAGGAAGACACAUACAUGACCAGCUCUGAGCUGGGAAGUUCUACACCUUUGUCCACUUUCAGGGUUGUCUACCUGCAGGAUCAGGGACUAAACAACUUACUACUUAGCUAGAAUACCAUCUAAACCUUUGAAAGCAUGCCUUCAGAGAACCCACUAGAAGCAACUAGAAAACAACUUCUCAGCGUUCAUAAGUGUAUCUUGAUGGAAACUGCAAAAACAAACAAAAAAACCGCACAUACUGUUUUAAUAAUACUGUGGGCUUUAUUCAAGGCAAUGCCCAGAGAUUGAGGGGUCAUCGGUUUAUGGGGCAGUCAGCUCUUACCAGAUACAAUCUGCUGGGAUUGGGGAAAGGACUCAGAAAGUUACCCUGCAGAGAUUAUUUAAAUAAUGGUCAAAGAAUGUACAAUUUGGGGGUAUUGGUUGUUUUUUCCCUUCCUUCUGAGACAUUCUGCCAUUUUAAUUUUUGUAACUGCUUGUUUAUAUGAAAGGGGUUCUGUUUAAUUUACUGCAUAAGCCAAUCUGACCACUUUAGGGGGAAGAACCUACCAAAGCCCCUCAUGUCCCCCUGGCCAUGAGCUCCCUAAGCCUUUUGUGUCAGGGGCUCCACACAGAAAAUAAGAAGUAGCAGUUGCCCAACUUCACGGCCAGAAAUGGGUCUCACUCUGUUUCUAGGCAUCUCAGGCCAGUCAUCAACCCCCUUCUCUUCUGUGUUCCCGCCUGUGUCUGUUCUGUCCGUCUGCCCUGCUUACCUUCUCAGGACGCCUUCUUGAGAAGCAGGAGCGCCCUGAAGGGAACACGGCCCCUUGUGCUGUUAGCAUUGUUUACAGCCCAGGAAGCCACACUGGUGUGCACGCUCCUUAGGACACAAGGUGCAGAUUAUGACUCAGCCCUCAGUUUCUUGAAGAGCCUCUGGAAUUCUUCUCCCAUGGGGUGCAUGGGACCAAAUUGUCAGCACAGAAAGGGAGGACGGGAGGAGGAGAGGCGCCCCUGCUUCCCACCAGCCUUCUGCACAGACGGGGCCUCCUUGGGCUGCUGAGAGAAAGACUUUAUUCCACCUUCAUGACGGACCUCCUGCUGUGUGGAACUGGCCCCCAAGAGGGGUGGCUGGGAGCGCUCAGUACUCAGGUACCUCUUUCAGGGUUUUCUCACCCUGAUACAGACUGUGUACACCUCCACUCAUGCAAGCACUUCUGCAUAAUUUAAUUUUGCCUGGCUGAGGCCACUUCUGAAUGAUUUGUAAAAAUUGCUCUAUAUUUAUAAUAAAUAUUGUGUAUCAGAUAUCAACA